AGUGUAAAAUUCUUUAUUUCUUCUCUGCAAAACAAAUCAAAGAAAGCAAAUACCAAAAGAUAUAGAGAAAGGAGGUGGAAGCAUAAUUACUAAUUGGGAGAAGAGAGGAUAUUUAUCAUAUCCAACGUUAACAUGGGUCACCAUUCUUGCUGCAACCAACAGAAGGUUAAGAGAGGGCUUUGGUCACCUGAGGAAGAUGAAAAGCUCAUUCGAUACAUCACCACUCAUGGCUAUGGAUGUUGGAGUGAAGUCCCUGAGAAAGCUGGUCUUCAAAGAUGUGGGAAAAGUUGUCGAUUGAGAUGGAUUAAUUAUUUGAGGCCUGAUAUUAGAAGAGGGAGGUUUACUCCUGAGGAGGAGAAGUUGAUUAUUAGCCUUCAUGGGGUUGUAGGGAACAGAUGGGCUCACAUUGCAAGCCAUUUGCCUGGAAGGACAGACAAUGAGAUAAAGAACUACUGGAAUUCAUGGAUCAAGAAGAAGAUACGAAAGCCUUCAGCACCUCCAACUAACACUGCUCCCAGUACUGAGCAUUCCCAGAUAAAUUAUGCUUCAAACCAACUAGAUCAGUUAGUAAAUCAGGACUUGACAGCAAGGGCACCUGCAACUCAAGAAACCCUAUUUUCUUCUCCAGCCCCAUUAUUUAUGUUUGACACAAGUCCACUUGAUGGGAUGCAAGAUGGUAAUGUAAGAGGAGAGCUUUUCCAUGCAUCGGCUAAUUUAAACACUGAGACUUGGAAUCUUAACCAGCAUCAAGUUCAAGCAUUUCCUCCAUCAACUUCUUUCACAGCCGGUAUGGAUACAAAUUAUUUGCCACCAUUGGUAGAGAACAUGGAAAACAUGGUGCCUAUUGAAGUCCAAUCCUGUAGCAUGGAUGAGGAAGGGGAAAUGACACUUGAGUGCUUGCAGAGGCAGCAGCAGGAGUUGAACGAAUGGGUCGAAUCCCAGCAGUGUUCAAAUUUUCUAUUCUGGGAUAAUAUCGAAGGACAACUUGGUGGGGAAGCAAUGGCACCAACUUCAUCAAAUAUGGGAACUACACUAUCUUCAUUCCCCUCAUCUCUAAGAGCAGAGGGAAACAGCCCCCGUUCUUUGCAGACUUUCUUCGCUGCCGCCUCUUAUCUCAUCGCAAUCAUGAUCAUCUCAGAAAAAAACCGCCGCGAGAUCUCCAAGUACCUAUUCCAAGAGGGCGUUUGCUAUGCGAAGAAAGAUUUCAACUUGGCGAAGCACCCAGAAAUCGAUGUCCCUAAUCUUCAAGUAAUAAAGCUGAUGCAAAGCUUCAAGUCGAAGGAAUACGUGCGUGAAACUUUUGCUUGGAUGCAUUAUUACUGGUACCUUACCAAUGAUGGCAUUGAGUUCCUUAGGACUUACCUUAAUCUUCCUUCUGAGAUUGUUCCCGCUACAUUGAAGAAACAAACGAAGCCCGCCGGCCGUCCCAUGGGCCCUUCUGGUGACCGCCCACGUGGUCCACCACGCUUUGAGGGUGAGAGGAGAUUUGGUGACAGAGAUGGGUACCGUGGAGGUCCACGAGGAGGAGGUGAUUUUGGUGACAAGGGAGGAGCUCCUGCUGAUUAUCAGCCUUCAUUCAGGGGCCCUGGUUCAAGGCCUGCCUUUGGUCGCGGAGGUGGUGGUUAUGGUGGUGCUGGACCUGCAGGCGGUGCAGGUCUUCCUUGAGAGGGAUGAUUAACGUCCUCCUUGAGACAGAUAGUUUUGUCGGUGUAGGGUUAUUGGCACUUGGAGUUGAUAGAAGUACCUGUCUUAUGGUUCAUUGUUUGAUAAUCUUAGCUGUUUGAUGCUUAUAAAAUAUUGCUUCUCUUUGUUUCAAUUAAAUGGGAAUUUAUAAACUUUUGGUUUCUUUGCCUUGAUCAAUAUGCACGGUCUGUGGUGUUGCACUUAGUGCUUGAGUUAUCUAAUAUUGUUUGUCGCCA